AAGUAAUUGAAUAAUUGCCUCAAUUAUUCAAUCAGUCUUUGUUUAUUCAAGUCUAUACUUUUUGAAAAGAGAAAAGAGGACUGUUUUGCUUCAUGAAAAAUAGUUGUACUAAUUUCAAGCAAUCACUGAUCAUUCUUGUUUGCAAAUUACUCUCAACAUUCAACAGAUUUGAGAAAUGGAGAUUGGGUUAGCAGUUGGUGGUGUAUUUCUCUCCUCAGCUUUGAAUGUUCUGUUUGAUAGGCUUGCUCCUCACGGUGAUCUGCUCAACAUGUUUCGUAAGCAUAAGGAUCAUGUUAAGCUCUUAAAGAAGCUGAAAAUGACUUUGCGUGGUCUUCAGAUUGUGCUAAGUGAUGCAGAGAAUAAGCAAGCAUCAAAUCCAUCUGUGAGCGACUGGCUUAAUGAGCUUCGAGAUACUGUUGACUCUGCUGAAAAUUUAAUAGAAGAAGUCAAUUAUGAAGCUUUGAGGCUUAAGGUGGAAGGGCAGCAUCAAAAUCUUGCAGAAACAAGCAACAAACAAGUAAGUGACCUCAACCUGUGCUUGAGUGAUGAUUUCUUUCGUAACAUAAAGGAUAAGUUGGAAGAAACCAUUGAAACGUUGGAGGUGUUGGAAAAGCAAAUUGGUCGCCUUGGCUUAAAGGAGCAUUUUAUUUCGACAAAACAAGAAACUAAAACACCUUCAACUUCUUUGGUUGAUGAUUCUGGUAUCUUUGGAAGGCAGAACGAAAUAGAGAAUUUAAUUGGCCGUUUGUUGUCGAUGGAUACAAAGGGAAAAAAUCUGGAUGUAGUUCCUAUUGUUGGAAUGGGCGGCCUGGGUAAGACAACACUUGCUAAAGCCGUUUACAAUGAUGAGAGAGUGAAGAAACAAUUUAGUUUGACAGCUUGGUUUUGUGUUUCUGAGGUAUAUGAUGCUUUCAGAAUAACGAAAGGGUUACUUCAAGAAAUUGGCUCAACCGACUUAAAGGUUGAUGACAAUCUUAACCAGCUACAAGUCAAAUUGAAGGAAAGCUUAAAGGGAAAGAAAUUUCUUAUUGUUCUGGAUGAUGUGUGGAAUGACAACUACAAUAAGUGGGAUGACUUGAGAAAUAUUUUUGUACAAGGAGAUAUAGGAAGUAAGAUCAUUGUGACGACACGUAAAGAGAGUGUUGCCUUGAUGAUGGGAAAUGAGCAAAUUAGCAUGGACAAUUUGUCUACUGAAGCCUCUUGGUCCCUAUUCAAAAGAAAUGCAUUUGAAAACAUGGAUCCUAUGGAACAUCCGGAACUUGAAGAGGUUGGAAAACAAAUUGCAGCUAAGUGCAAAGGACUGCCCUUAGCUCUGAAGACGCUCGCUGGCAUGUUACGCUCCAAAUCAGAGGUUGAAGAGUGGAAAUGUAUUCUGAGAAGUGAAAUAUGGGAGCUGCGAGACAAUGACAUAUUACCAGCGUUAAUGUUGAGCUACAAUGAUCUUCCCGCACAUUUAAAGCGCUGCUUUUCUUUUUGUGCAAUAUUUCCUAAAGAUUAUCCAUUUAGGAAAGAACAAGUUAUUCAUCUGUGGAUUGCCAAUGGUCUUGUACCUGUGGAAGAUGAAAUAAUUCAAGAUUUAGGCAACCAAUACUUUCUCGAGUUGAGAUCAAGAUCAUUAUUAGAAAGUGUCCCGAAUCCUUCUAAAGGGGACAUAGAGAAAUUCUUAAUGAAUGACCUUGUCAAUGAUUUGGCACAAAUUGUAUCUUCAAAUCUUUGUAUAAGGUUGGAAGAGAACAAAGGAUCACAUAUGUUGGAACAAUGUCGGCACUUAUCUUAUUCUAUAGGAGGAGAUGGUGAGUUUGAGAAAUUGACACUCUACAAAUUGGAGCAGCUGAGGACAUUGCUUCCGAUAUGUAUUGUUGUCGAUUAUUGUUAUCACCCUCUAAGCAAGAGGGUGUUGCAUAACAUACUGCCUACACUAAGAUCCUUGAGGGUGCUAUCAUUGUCUCAUUAUUACACGAUUGUUGAGUUGCCAAAUGAAUUGUUUAUCAAAUUAAAGCUCCUCAGAUUUUUGGACCUUUCUCAGACAAUGAUAAAAAGGUUGCCAGAUUCCGUUUGUGGAUUGUAUAACUUGGAGACACUUCUCCUGUCAUCUUGUAAUAGACUUGAGGAGCUACCGCUGCAGAUGGAGAAGUUGAUUAACUUGCGUCAUCUUGACAUAAGCAACACUCUUAGCUUGAAGAUGCCACUACAUCUGAGCAGGUUGAAAAGCCUCCAAGUGUUGGUGGGAGCCAAGUUUCUUGUAGGUGGUUGGAGAAUGGAAUAUUUGGGUGAAGCACAAAACUUAUAUGGAUCUCUAUCAGUUGUGAAGUUGGAAAAUGUGGUUGAUAGAAGGGAAGCUGUGAAGGCAAAGAUGAGGGAGAAGAAUCAUGUUGACAAGUUAUCUUUGGAGUGGAGUGAAAGCAUUAGUGCUGACAAUUCACAAACAGAAAGAGACAUACUUGAUGAGCUACGCCCACAUAAAAACAUUAAAGAAGUCGAAAUCAGUGGAUACAGAGGGACAAACUUCCCCAAUUGGGUAGUUGAUCCUUUGUUUGUUAAGCUAGUGAAAUUGUCUCUUAGAAACUGCAAGAACUGUUAUUCGUUGCCAGCACUAGGACAACUCCCUUGUUUGAAAUUCCUUUCCGUUAAAGGGAUGCAUGGAAUAACAGAGGCGAUGGAAGAAUUCUAUGGCAGAUUGUCCUCCAAAAAGCCUUUUAACUGUCUUGAGAAGCUUGAAUUUGAAGAUAUGACGGGGUGGAAGCAAUGGCACGCACUAGGAAUUGGAGAGUUCCCUACACUUGAGAACCUUUCCAUUAAAAAUUGCCCUGAGCUCAGUUUGGAGAUACCCAUCCAAUUUUCAAGUUUAAAAAGGUUAGAAGUUUUUGGUUGUCCAGUUGUUUUUGAUGAUGCUCAACUGUUUAGAUCCCAACUUGAAGCAAUGAAGCAGAUUGAAGCAUUAUAUAUACGUGAUUGUAACUCUAUUACCUCCUUUCCUUUUAGCAUACUGCCAACUACCUUGAAGAGAAUAGAGAUAUCUGGUUGCCCAAAAUUGAAAUUGGAGGCGCCAGUUGGUGAGAUGUUUGUGGAGUAUUUGACACGUAAAUUGAGUAUUAUGUGUUCCCACAACUUUACUAGGUUGUUGAUUCCUACUGCCACUGAAUCUCUCACUAUUUGGAAAUGUGAGAAUGUUGAAAAACUAUCGGUGGCAUGUGGAGGAGCGGCCCAGAUGACGUUACUGGAUAUUUUGGAGUGUAAGAAGCUCAAGUGUCUGCCAGAACGUAUGCAGGAACUCCUUCCAUCUCUCAAGGAACUGUAUCUUUCUUAUUGUCCAGAAAUAGAAGGAGAAUUGCCCUUCAAUUUACAAAAACUCCGUAUCAGUGAUUGCAAGAAACUGAUGAAUGGCCGAAAGGAGUGGCAUUUACAGAGACUCACAGAGUUAGUGAUCCAUCAUGAUGGGAGUGACGAAGAUAUUGAACAUUGGGAGUUGCCUUGUUCUAUUCAGAGACUUACCAUAAAGAAUUUGAAUACAUUAAGCAACCAACAUCUCAAAAGCCUCACCUCUCUUCAAUAUCUAGCUAUUGAUGGUAAUUUAUCUCAGAUUCAGUCACAAGGCCAACUUUCCUCCUUUUCUCACCUCACUUCGCUUCAAACUCUACAAAUCAGGAAUUUCCGUAAUCUCCAAUCACUUGUUGAAUCAGCACUGCCCUCCUCCCUCUCUCACCUGACCAUCUACCAUUGCCCUAAUCUCCAAUCACUACCUGAAUCAGCACUGCCCUCCUCCCUCUCUCACCUGACCAUCUCCCGUUGCCGGAAUCUCCAAUCACUACCUGAAUCAGCACUGCCCUCCUCCCUCUCUCACCUGACCAUCUCCGAUUGCCGGAAUCUCCAAUUACUACCUGAAUCAGCACUGCCCUCCUCCCUCUCUCACCUGAACAUCUCCCAUUGUCCUAAUCUCCAAUCACUACCUGAGUCAGCACUUCCCUCCUUCCUCUCUCAUCUGACCAUUUCCUAUUGCUGGAAUCUCCAAUCACUACCUGAAUCAGCACUGCCCUCCUCCCUGUCUCACCUGACCAUCUUACAUUGUCCUAAUCUCCAAUCACUACCUGAAUCAGCACUGCCGUCCUCCCUCUCUCACCUGAUCAUAGAGGAUUGCCCUAAUCUCCGAUCACUUUCAAAAUCAGCACUACCCUCCUCUCUCUCUCACCUGGACAUAGAUGAUUGCCCUAAGCUCCAAUCGCUUUCAGAAUCAGCACUGCCCUCCUCCCUCUCUAAGUUUUCUAUUUCCAAAUGUCCAUUGCUCAAACCACUACUAGAAUUUAACAAGGGGGAAUACUGGACAAAUAUUGCUCAUAUCUCCACCAUAAAGAUUAAUUUGAAAUGCAUGUAAUGAUUAAAGUGAAUGGCUCCCCAACUGAUAUGUGGGUUUUGAAGAGCGAGUACGACAAGUCUGGUACAUCAAUUGUCCGUAGGAAGUGUUUCUAAGUGAAUUUUCAGGUCAGUUGUUAUAGGCAAGUCAUUGAGAUGCGACUAUCAAAGAAGGGCGAUUACAAUCAGUGUACCGCUGAUACUAUUUCAUGUUUCCAGUGCAAGCCUCUUUUGUAAGUUGACAAACUCGAUUAGUUAAUACGUUUGGGACUCAACUAGUGGUUAGAGUACUCAUUUUGUAAGAUUUGUGUACAGAAAAUCAAAUUAGAAUUAUAACUCGUGAUGGUUGAAUAAACUCCAAGAAGUACUGAUAUAUUUUUAUAGUGGA